AUGACGUGGCUCGGAAAACCCGGCAAAACAUUUCCGAAAGAAAAGGGCGAAUCAAUGAGUCUGAAGCUGUUCGACGUUCUUUAUCUUCACAACCAAAUGAUCACUCUCUCUCCGCUCUCUGAGAGAAAACGCCUUCUUUUGCAGAGCUUCAGCGGCCUCGAAGCCGCUGGGAUCGAAGUGAUUCCCUUCACGGAAAGCGCUUCCUCUCUCGAAGAUCGCAUUCGACAGAGUUUAGAACAUGGCUGCGAGGGCUUAGUGCUGAAACAACGCGACAGCGUCUAUGGCUGCGGCCAGCGAACGAAGGACUGGGUGAAGCUGAAAGCAGACUAUCUGGACAGUUUUGGCGACUCGGUCGAUGUGGUGAUCAUCGGAGGAAACGCUGGGAGAGGAGCGCGCAAAGGGAACUUUGGAUCGUUUUUAUGCGCGGCUCGGUCGUCUGAUAAAGAAGAUCGGCUUCGGCCGAUUUGCUUUGUUGGGAGCGGAUUCAGCGCGAAGGAUCUGCGCUUCCUCUCUGAAGAAAUCAAUCGACAUGCUGUUUCGCGCGAGACUUGCAUGCAAACGUGCGAUCUGCCUCCUGGAAUCAAGGCGGAUGUGUACUGCGAACCAAUGGUGGUUAUUGAGGUGAAGGCUGCGCAGCGAACGCAGUCUGACUUGUACGGAGGAUGGAGUUUGCGCUUUCCUCGAUUUAUCCGGAGGAGAGAAGACAAGAAGGUCUCGGAUGCUUCUGUAAUGUGGAGUGUUUGUUACUAUGCAUUCGAAGAGUAUGGAAUGUGUUUGGUUCAUCGUUUUUAUUCAUUAAAAUCAACAACAACAAAAGCUGGAAACCAAUGUUCUUACAGGAUAUGCAUGAGAUAA